AAUGAGCAUUCAGCGUGACCAGAAUGUCGUGCUAACUAGUAAUCCUGUUAUUCCUUCAAGGCAACAAAAAUAACAGAUCUUAUACCUUCUUCACAUUUCUUCAUACAUACACUGACUAUAGUAUGCGGACAUACCAUACUGCCAUGUCUAGAUACAGAUGAAAGCUCACAACUUCAACUCACUUUCCUUCAAUAUAUUCUAAUAUCAAUACCGUUACCAUGUUUACCAUAGGUCCAGCGUUCGUGACGACACUACUCAUCGCCUCUGCCCAAGCAACCAACGACUACUCAUGGAUCCAUAGAUUCGCAUCCAUCGGCGACUCAUACGCUGCCGGCCUUGGUGCCUCAGAGCGACUAGACUGGUCCUGCUCUCGAUACAACGGCUCCUAUCCCAGUCUCCUCCACUCGAAAUACCUAGGCCAUCCCUCGAGCAGAAGUGAACAGCUCCUCGCCUGCUCUGGAGCCACCACGGCGGACGUAAUCGAGAAGCAACUCCCACACGUCAAGAACAACACCGACCUGAUCACCAUUACCGCUGGCGGCAAUGACGUCGGACUCACGCCGGUGCUCAACGACUGCAUAUACAAGUUCUACGCGGCGGGGGACUGCGAGUCGUCGCUCGCUGAAGCCCGGGAGAGGAUUGCGGAUAAGGGGAAAUUGCACAAGAACAUGACGGAGCUGUUGGAUGCUGUGAAGCCGAAGCUGAAUAAUACACGCGGAGUUGCUUAUGUGACUGGAUAUGCGAGUUUCUUCGGCGCGGACGACGAUACUUGCGAUAAUGUGACGUGGGCUGUGUGGAAGGAGUUCGAAGCCGACAAGCCACUGCUGACGCUUGCGAUGCGGAAACAACUCAACGAGCUUGUGCGGUCAGUCAAUGACAUGUUGAAGAGUAUCACUGAAGCCGCGGGACCGAAGUUCCGGUUUAUAGACUACGAUGAGCAGAUCAAGCAUGCAAAGGGACGAUACUGCGAGGCUGGGGUCGUCGAGCCGGCCGCCAACCGCAAGGGACUCGAUUUCUACGAAUGGGAUACCGUUGACACAGGCGAGAGCGUGGAUACACUGGAAAUGACAGGCGACGAUGUCCCUCGCGGCUCAUUUGAAGCAUAUAUUUCGGAAAGCAUUGCCAGGACUUUGAAAGAGCAUCCAGAGUGGGAAUUCAGCAGUGGCAGGGGGUUGGUCAACAAGACAAAGAUGCACGACGAAGGACUCGCUGGGGAUAUCGUCUGGUGGAUGCUACCCGAUACAUGGAAGCGCGUCUUCCACCUUCGACCCGGCGCCCAUGAAAUCAUUGCUCAGAUGAUAGUCGAUGAUCUCACGGUGGUCGCCGUGGAACAGCAGAGUCUCAACAAACCUGCAUCUCUCAUCUUCUUUGGUGCGGCGACGCUCAGUGCCAUAUUUGUGUUCUUGCUUCUCCUUGCACUGUACCAUCGGAGGAAGCAUGCGUUAGCGACGAAGCAUGAUGGCUACCAGCUGGGAGAUUCGAUGUAUUUUGAUGACGAUGAGGUUACGCUGGCGGCAGUACCGACUGAAAGUCCACCUGCGAAUUUCAAGCAGUAUAGUACUUUUGACUGAUUAUUGGCGGGCAUAGUUGUAUGAUUUCAUGACGUUUACGAUGAGAUGGUUACAUUCUGUUUAUAUCCAUUUUUGCAUUUUCCAUCUUCAUAUUUCUUUCCUCUGAGGGACAGCGUCUCGGAACACUUAGUGUUAUAAUUCAACAUGAAACUACUAGGUACCGGACUGAUGUCUAGUUUCCUUUGUUUCAAGUCUAUCUAGAUAGCGGGAACUAGAUCUAAUGUAUGACCAUUCGAUUGGGC